AUGGAGCGUUUGUACAGCUUUACCGAUCUACUACACAUCUUGAUCGCCAUACCAUACACCGCCACCAGUUAUGUCGAGCGGCAAUGGUCGUUUGGUGACACCUGGUGUGGUAUCGUCAACUAUGUAACAUACGCUUCCGCCUUUGCCAAAGCGUAUACGCUGGUGCUUUUAUGGAGUGACCAGUGGAUUGGUACAUCGCUUUCGCAUUUCGCUGCGGAGUUUCGCGCCGAUGAGACCCGUAACAUGGGCAUUUGCGUUGGGAUUCUUUUGACGGUCAUUGCGCUUACCAACAUCCCACUGUUUCUGACGCACGGAGUGCUACAGAUCGGGACGGCAACGGCUUGCGAGGAGGCACUCCUGCCUUGCAUGUUCCAUCAUCACCUGUACAACGAAAACGCCUUUAGAUGGGCGUUUCUCGGCACAUUCUUCCUGCUACCCUUAGCGCUGAUGGCAUCCUUGGCGGUUAUCGUCGAAUGGGACAAUGGAGAAAACGGGAAACACUUCAAGCGAGCUCUUUAUACUAUGACGGCGGUGUUUGCAGUGUGCUGGGGUCCAACCACGUUCAUCCUAGCGUUGCAAUCCAUGAAUGUGUAUCCCGUCCGCACCACCACCGUAAUAAUCCAGGUGGCUGCCCAUGUUCUGGCCACCGCCAGCGUCUGCGUGAACCCCAUCAUCCUGGCCGCACUGCAUCCUGAGUACCGCAGCACCCUGGUCAGCGCGCUCUGCUGCCGGCAACCGCCAUCGUCGUCGACGCUUGACCGCGUUUGACCGGAUGGAAGCAG